UCACGGGAUUAAAGGGUGUUUUUUUGCAAUAACAGAGUGUUGCUCUGUGUGGCUGUAUUAUUACAAGUCGUGUCUUGUGAAUAUGUUGUGACGUGAAUCUUGAUAACUGCCCGAGUUUUAGCGACGAGCUUUUCUGAAAUCCCGCUGACAUUGUUGGCUAACUUUGCUAGCUGUUAGCUGUUGUGCUUCCGUUCGCUAGUAGCAGUUUGUCAUAUACGAUGCUAACGGUUGUUAACAGCAGGUCCAGGUGUAAACAGACAAGCGAGGAUUGAUGAUAUUGCAGUUACGCAUCUUGACGGAGAUUUGACUUGCCCCCUUGUGAGUGGCAGUUUUCCUGUGAGCACAGAGGGGUCUGAGUGAAGGCUGAAAGAUGGUCUGAUGGACCGCCGCUUCUUCCUGACCUUCCUCUUCUGUUCUGUGUCGUGGAUCUUCUUCUGGGAAGUGCGCUGGAAGAAAGGCAAAGAAAGUCAGAUUGAGGAAUGGCUCCAAGGACAUAGCCUUUCUCAAUACAGACACUUAUUUGAAGAUGUACACACACUGGAGGAACUGAGUCUGAGUGUACUGACUCGUCUCGAAGAGGUGGUAAAGGAACAGCAGCGCUGGAGGGAAAUUGCUGAGGCCCACAUCCAGCUGCUCCGAGACUUUGCCUUCCAGGAGUGGCUUUGUUCCCAGAACCUGGAGCACUAUUACCAUACACUGAAGACUUUGGGUUGUAUGAAUCUGGAUGACCUAUCACAGUUUGACUAUCAACUGCAGCUCUCUCUAGCUGCCUGGGGAUAUUAUUACGAAGACUACAUAAAGUUGUCUACAGGCAUCAAGAUCCUCCAGACGUCCAGAGGGAGUCGUGACCAGGACUACGAGAUCCGGCUGGUGCACAGCCUUGCUGAAAGGCGUCUGAAUGAGAAGUGGUCAAUUGCGGGAGCUCUCAUAUUUGGCUGUACUGUGGCACUGUGCUUCUUGAUAAGGGACCUCAUGUUUUACGUGAUUGGUGGAAUUACUGUUUCCAUCAUAGCGUUUGUCUUCACCAUCAAGUUCCUCUGUGAGCUUGCUGCGAGGGUGGUCAGCUUCCUACAGAAUGAGGAUCCAGGGCGACGCGGUGACCGCAGCAUCUACGACUAUGUCCGGGGCAACUACCUGGACCCACGUUCCUGCAAGGUGUCUUGGGAUUGGAAGGAACCGCAGGAAGUGGGGCAGACUAUGAGCUUCAGAGUCCAACUGUUCUAUAAGAAUGGGCAGCCUUUCCCAGCCCAUCGGCCUGUGGGAUUGAGGGUCAACAUCACCCACAUUGAAUUGGCUCUGGACAUCCCUGUUACACAGGAAGUUUUACAAGAACCAGAGUCCAACAUAGUCAAAGUGGCCUUCACAGUGCGGAAAGCCGGACGCUAUGAAGUUGCUGUCAAGCUGGGUGGCCUCAAUGUGGCCUACAGCCCUUACUACAAGAUUUUCCAGCCAGGUACAGUUGUCCCAUCCAAAACCAAGAUAGCCUACCAUUUCUCUACCCUGGUGCUAACAAAUGGCCAACAGCAUACUUUGCAGAUUGAGCCCAGGGACGAAUAUGGAAACCCCACCAGCAACUCCACAUCUCUCACAGAUGAGGCAAACUACAGCGUCCAUGUGCACUCUCUGGGCACAGUGGAUGAUGACAGUCUGGAAGGGUGUUACAGUAAGUCAGUUUCACUCAACAAGCAGCAGUGCCAGGUUCUGCUGAGGCUGACCCUGAGGAAAACCGGCUGUUUCAGGGCCCGCAUCUCCUACAAGGACCAGCCGCUCAGUAAUGGGGAAUUUGACAUUAUUGUUCUCAAUGAGAAUGAGAAGACCUGCGUGGAGAAGAAUGUGUCCACUCCAGGCAUCAGCAUCUACUUUGAAGCAUACCUUUACAGCAAUGGGAACUACAGCAGUUCCUCGUGGCAAUUACCAGCCUCCUCUUUACUGGCUCCUCAGAGGAGGCCCUCCAUGGGAGACGAGGAGGAUGAGCAUGACUCUCCUGUGGAGGGACAACCUGAGAAGGUCAAGAAACCAAAAAAGGUCUACUGUUACAUAUCGCCAAAGCAACUAUCCGUGAAGGAGUUCUACCUGAAAAUUAUUCCGUGGCGCCUUUUUACCUUUCGAGUGUGUCCAGGAACGAAGUUUACCUAUCAUGGUCCUGACCCCAUUCACAAAUACCUAACUCUAGUGGUGGAUGAUGGGAUACAGCCUCCUGUGGAGCUCAGCUGCAAAGACAGGAACAUCAUGGCUGCCACCUUCAUCCGCUUCCUGCACAAAAACAUUGGUGGCUCUGAAACGUUCCAAGACAAGGUGAACUUCUUUCAACGUGAACUCAGGCACAUCCACUCCAAGAGACCUCGCACCAAGACCUGCCUAAAAAUCACUCGACACUCAAUUCUAGAUUCAUCUCUUAAGGCUACAAGGAACUUCUCUGUGUCAGACUGGAGUAAGAACUUUGAGGUGGUGUUUCAGGAUGAGGAAGCUCUGGACUGGGGAGGGCCCCGCAGGGAGUGGUUUGAACUGAUUUGCAAAACCCUCUUUGACACCUCCAACCAGCUGUUCACCCGCUUCAGCGACAACAACCAGGGCCUCGUACACCCAAAUGCUGACCGACAACCCCACCUGCGUCUGAAGAUGUAUGAGUUUGCGGGCCGCGUCGUAGGGAAGUGCUUAUAUGAGUCUGCUUUGGGUGGGUCCUACAAACAGCUGGUGCGAGCUCGCUUUACGCGUUCCUUCUUGGCUCAAAUCAUUGGCCUCAGGAUGAACUACAAGUACUUUGAGACGGAUGACCAGGAGUUCUACAAAACUAAAGUCUGCUUCAUCCUAAACAAUGACGUGAGUGAAAUGGACCUGGUGUUUGCGGAGGAGAAGUACAGCAAGUCAGGACAGCUGGAGAAGGUGGUGGAGCUGAUAUCAGGGGGAGCUCAGAUCGCUGUUACCAAUGAAAACAAGAUGCAUUAUCUCAACCUGCUGGCCCAGUAUAGGCUGGCUAGUCAGGUGAGAGAUGAGGUGGAACACUUCCUGAAAGGUUUGAAUGAACUGGUUCCAGAAAACCUGCUGGCCAUAUUUGAUGAGAACGAGUUGGAGCUGUUGAUGUGUGGCACUGGUGAUAUAAAUGUGCAAGACUUCAAGGCCCACGCUGUGAUUGUUGGAGGAUCGUGGCACUUCAGAGAGAAAGUGAUGAAGUGGUUCUGGGCGGUGGUGUCCAGCUUCACGCAGGAGGAGUUGGCUCGUCUGCUGCAGUUCACCACCGGAUCCUCCCAGCUCCCCCCCGGGGGUUUCAACACCCUUUGCCCCUCGUUCCAGAUCAUCGCUGCUCCCACACACAGCACCUUGCCCACUGCACACACCUGUUUUAACCAGCUGUGCCUCCCUACCUAUGACUCCUAUGAGGAGCUGCACAAGAUGCUGAAGCUGGCCAUCAGCGAGGGCAGUGAGGGUUUCGGCAUGCUCUGACUCUUCCAUCACCGGCACUGUGUUUCCACUAGUCCAGACCAGCACUGCCCACUCCGGUGCACUGGUUCCCUGCAUUCAUCUGCAUUUAACCGUUGGGCUUCUUGGCAGAGAAAUACCCAGACUCCCUCUGAAUACUCUCUCAGGAUGAGAGGGCGUUACAGGAAGUCCCCGACAGCUGUGCUGGAAUCAGGACUCAUCAUAUGAACUCUUGUGCUACUGUAUGUAUAUAAAAUAUCUUGCUUUUUGUAAAAAAGGAAACCACAAACUACUGAAAAAGGUGAGGUUUUGGCUAAUUUUAUUUCUUAAUGCUGAAGUUUGCUUAGUUUUAUAUGUUAGAAAGACAAAUGAUGUUAGAGCAAAGGCCUUGAGUAUUACUGUAUAAACUGCUUCUUUUGCAUUUUGCAAACUGAGGAACACUUAAGUGCAACAGCAGCCUACAUGUGAUGUGGGUGACGUGUGCAUAUACAGCACUUUGGCCUUAAUCGAUCAGGGACUGAUGUGUGUAUGUAAAUAUAUAAUAUCACUCUUUUAUUUCAGUACUUGUACAUAGUAGUGUGUAUACAUAGGUUUUCAUCUUAUUACCUUUUUUUGAUUUGACAUUUAAGGAGAAGGGAUCUGAUUUCUUUAUUGUUGCACGUUUACUGGGUGAAGAGUUUAUAUAAUUUCUAUAAACUUUUUUUUUUUUCUGUCGGAGAUGAAUGGGUUUUAAAAGAAGCCAAGUAAUUUCUAUUGUUUAUACAUGUUUUUAACUUAUUGUGUCUUGGAAAAAAUAUUUGUGUUGACCCAUACUAUUGGAAAUAUGUUUGUCUGGAGCGGUAAAUGUUUUUGUUAUGAUUAUUUUUUUAACCUGCCUUAUUCAUGCCCUUUGCCUCUGAUUGUAUCCAGAGAGGUGCGUAGGUGAGAGAAGUGUAGCUGACAACAAUAGAUAAUAGUAAUAUUUCUUUACUCACCAGUACAUGCGGGUAAACUGUGGAUGUGUGCGUUGGUUGGAUGUAAAUGUUGAGGAGAGCUCAUAUAUAACAAAAGCAGUUUUGUUAUAUAUGUUGUAUACUUUUUACUUUUCGUUCACAGCCUUUUAUGGGUUUACCUCAGAAUCUCCUAAACCACCUAUGCAUCCUCUGACACACACACAGUUCAUAGUUGCCUCCUUCCAGUUCUGACUGUACAACCGUAGCCAUAUUGUCUCGCAUCUGCUGUAUACGAAAGCAUUAUAUCAUUUGAGAAUAUACCCUGUUUGUUUCUUUAUAUAAUUGUAAAACUAUUUAUUUUUAAUGUUAGUGUUGUCAAUAUCCUGAGCCAACAGAGGUUUUUUUCUUUUUUUUUCUGUUCAUAAUUGUGUAGCAGUCUCUUUACUGUUCCAGAGUUUACAUGUUCAUUAGCCAUUUGUAAUAGUGUGUGCUGCCUGUCUACUGUUUAUAGAGCAUUAGGAGAAGUCAUGUCAAGGCAGACGCAAGAAGGAAACGUUAAUGGAUUAUGAAUCUUCUCAGUAGUAUUUAAAAUUGAAUAUAUGCUCAUUUUACCCACAGAGCACUUUGAAUGCAGUUCCAUUCCUCACGUUAUUCUCACAGUUGGCAGUAAAAGAGGAACUUUAUUCCUGUUGAAGGCAAAGAUGUAGGUGUUAUUUGCCACAGGUUGGGAUUUAUUGCAUUGGCUCAGCAAAGCUAAUGGGACGUGAUGAACGUUCGCUUGUGCUUUAGUUGGCCUUUAUAAAGUGUUAAGGGGUUUGUUGGUGGGUUUAUGGGUCUGUGUUUGUCUGGGUUGUGCAAUGUUCUAACCUGAUGUACUGAGGGUAAAAAGAGUGAAAACGUUAUAUAAGUGUUUAUGAAAAUUUAGCACCAAUACCAAUGACUGACAUCACAUGUAUCAGAAGUAAAGGUAGUUUAAUCAAAAUAUGUGUUAGUUGAAACCCAUUAGAGACUGCCAUCAUAAACAAACAUGAAGGAUCUUUCUUAGUUUUAUGGUCUUCUUCUAUUGUUUAGUGUUUUGCUUUUCAUGACCAUCUACUACUCUGUUUUAUGUGGGGAUGGUUUCUAGAUUAGAUGGUCUGAGUGUGACUUGGAACUUUUAGCAAUGUAGAUAUUGUGAAAUAUUUGCCUAUGACUUUGAAGCUGGGGUGCUUUUGUUUUUCUUUUUUUAAAAUGGCAAGCCUCUGCUGAUGAAUGUUUUAAGAUUCUCUGCACUGCAGGUCCUUUGUUUAUGGGAAUAAAAAAUGAUGGACUCAA